AACUACACAAUUACAAGAUAUCAGUAAACUACUUUACAAUGUAUAACAUUGAAUUCAUCAUUUUCAGUGAGACUACAGUGACUUCUUGAUGCUCUUAUGUUUGUUAACUGCUUGACCAGGCUGCAGUGCUUAAGGAUUGCUUUAUUCCAAUAUAAUAUGAUUCAUUCUCUUUAUAUAUAGCAUGAUUGUGCUUUAUGCAAAACCAGUAUUUUAAAUUAUUGAUUUUAGUAUUAUUGUCUUUCAAUCAACAUCAAUCAUCUAUUUCUAGGCCUUAGCUUGUUUCUAAUUUGAAUUACCUUCAGUAACAGAGCCUUAGCUGCCAGGAUCUUAAAUUCCGGAAUUUCUCCCACUCUCAAAACUGACUUUGUUUUUCCCUCUCCAAAAUCUACCAUUUGACUAAUUUUUUGGUCAAAUGCUAUAUAUAUUCUUAUAUGGCUGAAUGUAAAAUUCCUUUAUUUAUGGUCCUGUAAAGUAACCCGAGUCAUACUAUAGACAUAGUAUCUUAGACAUAGCACAUAGAUCUUUUGGAAACACAAAAUGCUGGAAAUAUGUGUCAAGUCAGGCAGUAUCUGUGGAGGCACAAUGUUAACAUUUCAUUAAAUCUGUAGGAAUUCAGUUCACUUUAUUUAUUAAAUUCAAAUAAGUUUCAUCUGCAGUUCUGUGACACAGCAUGCAUUCGAUAUUGAUGAACUCAGUGUCAGCGGAAUGCCAAAUAUGGGGGGAAACUCAGCUCCUCACUCUGUACUUUUGCCACAUUAAUGAUGAGUGGUUUCUGUUUUAAUAGACAAUAGACAGUAGGUGCAGGAGUAGGCCAUUCGGCCCUUCUAGCCAGCACCACCAUACACUGUGAUCAUGGCUGAUCGUACACAAUCAGUACCCCGUUCCUGCCCUCUCCCAAUAUCCCUUGACCCCGCUAUCUAUAAGAGUUCUAUCUAACUCUCUCUUGAAUGCAUCCAGAGACUUGGCCUCCACUGCCUUCUGGGGCAGAGCAUUCCACAUAUCCACCACUCUCUAGGUGAAAAGGUUUUUCUGCAUCUCUGUUCUAAAUGGCCUACCCCUUAUUCUUAAACUGUGGCCUCUAGUUCUGGACUCACCCAUCAGCGGGAACAUGCUUCCUGCCUCCAGUGUGUCCAAUCCCUUAAUAAUCUUAUAUGUUUUCUGUCUUGUCUCCCACAAACAGUUGAGUAACCUCAGUUUCCCCUAGCCUCACCCUCUCAGAAAUAGUCUCCUUGUCCUAUCCAUUACCCCCUGACUCGCCCACCCCAGCACUCAAACCCACAUUAAAUCUAAUUUGUUUCCUCAUUCUCCCCGUUUUGAUUAAGGGUCUCCGACCGGAAAAGUUGCCAUUGAUUUCUUUCCACAGAUGCUGCUUGACCUGCUGAGCCUUUCCGCCGUCUUUUUGUUUUCGUUGCGUGUUCUAUAACCCAUGCCGAAUGGUGUCCCAGAGACUUACUCGAUUGAAACGGUUUUAUGAAUCAUUCCGAGGGAAUGAUGUAGUCUUUGCGCUAAACCUGCCACAGAUUCAGCUUUAUGAUUACGGAGCAAAUGUAUGUGUGUUUGUAAGGCGGGAAGUUCCCUUUGACAGAAGCAACAGCGAUGUUGGUUCUGCAGCUGUAGAUAUGAACAGCAGGCUUGUACAGUGGUUGGGCUCUCGAAGCGAUGCGCUCGUAGGAUUGGGAGUUAUUGCGGAACUGACAGCACGGGUCUGAUCGCUUCAGUGCGGUGGGAACCGAUGACGGGAGAUGGGCAGCGCCGUUGCCAGGAUCAUUACAGAUUGCAAUCGGAAGUAGUUGACUUUUAAUAAGUCGGGGAGCAGUGGGUUGGCGAGGCGACGCCUGUGUGUGUCUCAGCGUGGCCAUUUCCACUGUGCGCGCUUCCAGAGAUCAGCCUGGGUUGGUGCUGCCAGAUCAGGAGCAGCACACACGACCAGCUUCCAAGUGUCCAGAUUUCCUUUGUGUGCACGGCAGGCGGUGCUUUGGAAAUUCCCCUCCGAGUCUCAAACCUUCCUGCUUCUCUGUUCUUCCAAAGCCACAGUCAACGCGCUUUCACGAGUAGAUGGACCUUUUGAAGCCACGGGUAGAGAUAACAAGCCCAGUUACAUUCAGACAGAAAGCCCUCCGCUCUGCCUUGAUUUAAAUGAAAGGAAGUGAUGGGUAACAGUGCUCAGAAAACACAUGCAGAUGCAACGCACCAUGCCCGCUCAGGAUCUGCUCGGCAGUAUUACACACUUCCACCUAGCAGCCAUGAACGGAGAACACAUCCAAACAUUACCGAGCCCCCAAGGUUUCACUCACAGGCCAAGGGCAAAAAUGUUCGUUUGGACUCGCACUUCAAAAAAGCCUCCCGGAAAAACAGCUUCUGCAAUGGUGUAACCUUCAGCCACCGUCCAGUCCACCUAUACGAGAAAGUGAGAUUACGAUUAUCAGUGGUCCUUCACGGAUGGAGCGGCGCUUUACGGUUUGGGUUUACAAGUCACGAUCCCUCUCUGAUGAGCUCUGCAGACAUCCCAAAAUAUGCAUGUCCUGACUUGGUAACCAGGCCUGGUUACUGGGCCAAAGCAUUACCCGAAAGAUUUGCUCUGAAAGACAACGUGCUUGCCUUCUGGGUGGACAGACAUGGACGAGUAUUUUAUACUGUGAAUGAUGAAGACCCUGUUCUCUUCCAAUGUGGCAUUAAUGUUUCAGGACCACUCUGGGCGCUGAUUGACAUUUAUGGAAUUACACAAGAAGUGCAAAUGCUUGAGAGUAUGUUUGCAGAAACCAUCACUUCAGCACGACUCAAUACAGCCCGGCUAAACAGUUGCCUUCCUCAGACUAGUCAUGACAAUGCUAACUUCAAUAAUAAUGAACUGGAGAACAGUGUUGUGGUGGCAAAAAUAACAAACCUAAAUCUAGGUGAAGUUCCAAGCCUUGCACCAGACAAUCACAAUUUACCAUGUUGUACCAACAGACGGCUUCGUUCACGAGGUCUGCCAUCUUUUCUUGACACUGACCUUCACUUUCACUACAUACGAGGGCCUGAUGUCACCCUUUCUCAGGAUAGGAUGGGAGUGUGCACAAACUGGAAGGAGAGCACUAGGACCCUGGUGUUCUCUGAUCGUCCUUUGCAUACUGGUGAAACCCUGUAUGUAGAGGUGGGACAGUUAGGAUUACCAUAUUAUGGCGCUCUUCUCUUUGGUGUGACAUCAUGUGACCCCAGCACUCUGCGAACAAAUGAGCUCCCAGCGGAUCCAGACUUCCUACUUGAUCGUAAGGAAUAUUGGGUAGUUUGCAGAGGUUUCUCAGUGCCCAACAGUGGUGAUAUUUUCAGUUUCACCAUUCUGCCAAAUGGAGAGCUCCAUCAUCGUGUAAAUGGAAUAAACAUAGGGAUGCUGGUCUAUGUCGACACCACACAGUCACUGUGGGUGUUUUUCAGCUUACACGGAGUUGUCAACCAGCUGAGGAUAUUGGGUACAUCCCAGUCCACCCCUGUAGAUGUAUCCCCUUCAGGUUCUCCAAGUGGUUCCCAUUAUGACAGUGACUCUGACAUGGCAUUUAGUGUUAAUCGAUCUUCAUCUGCAUCUGAAUCAUCUCUGGUUACUGCGCCCAGCUCUCCAUUGAGCCCUCAGCUGUCACCGUCUUUCUCCCCGCCUGAUCCACCUGACAGCAAAAAUGGCGAGUGUGCUGUUUGCUUUGACAGUGAAGUUGAUACUGUGAUUUACACCUGUGGACAUAUGUGUCUCUGCUACGACUGUGGUCUUAAACUGAAGAAGCAGAUCAAUGCCUGCUGUCCCAUCUGCAGGAGAGUCAUUAAGGAUGUCAUUAAGAUAUACCGUCCAUGAGAAAAUUAGCUCCUAUAAGGACCGUUUCAUACUCCGCACUAUAAUUUUUUUAAAACAUAAAAUUUUUAUAGAUAUGGAAAGCUUCUAAUGUUCACUCUUAUUUCAUCUAUAUGCAUUCAAAAAGUGUGGCUGUGUUUAUCUGACUAAUUUUCUCACACUUUCUCAUACUCUUCUUCCUCUAUACUUUCUAUUCCUGUUGCCGGUCACCUGCAUAUAGAAAGCCAAGCUGGCUGCACACAUCCCCAGCAGUGGCAAAAACACCACAUCAUAUUUAACCAACAUGUUCUGCAAUCUAAAUGGAGAAAUUUGAGCAUUAUCAAGCAGUUCAACUGAGCACAGCUUAAAGUGACUUAACUAAAGUGCAGUAAAUCAGAUUAAGAGCAACCUGCUUUUAAUUUGCUUUCUUGUCUGUGAUUACAACAAGAAAAAUAUCAAUCAUCAACAUAAACCAAUAAAAUUUGAGAAAGAAAUCUAUUUUGUCAUAUUUAUCACCCUAUGUUUAGUUCAUACCAAACGCAAUAUCCUCAAUGACAAAUCAUAAGCAGAAUAUUUACCACAAGCAUUUACCUGUUGGUUUAGAUGUUAGAGGUGGGACUUCCCCUGCAAAAACAAAUAUUUGUCAUGUUUGACUCAUAUACAACAGCCUGCAAUUAAUUUUUAAAGAGAAUUCAAUUGUCGAAUUCAGUUGAAACAUCUCUUCAAUGUAUGUUUUGAAAUUAAUUUGAAGAGACACUGCUCUAACAGAUUAAUUAAUACAAAAUUGCAGUUCUGUUGUUUAUGUUACGAGCGUGCCAAAAUUUAUGGCUUGCCAGUGAUGAUGGGUCUCAAAUUUAUUUUGUUGAAGUGUUUUAAACAGGCAGUGACUAAUUAGGGUUGGAGUUUCGUUGCGUAUUAAUGACUAAAACUGCAAUACCUCUUUUUGGCGUAAAUGGGAUUCAGUGAUAUUAUCGAAACUAAUGACAAUUACCAUGAUGUGCCCCUUGAUUUAUAUAAUAAAAUCAUUUAAUUUUUGUUUUAGAAAUGGGCCUUCUUCUUAGAACAGCUGAUAGUGACAUUUCGCAUGUUUCUGUAACAAGGAGUUGAGACUUGCAAUUUGUUACUUACUGCCUCCCAGUGAUCCAUGAGUCAGUGUAAAAAGGAAUACAGAAUAAAAUUAAAAGGGGAACCAUUCUGGAAGAGCUUUGUUCCAAUAUGUGAAGCUUAAAUUUAUUUGUACAUUUGAGUUCAAAAUAACAGGCCUCCAAAGGGAUAUUGCAACUUUAGCAUGACUUUAACAGGUAUGAAGUUUAAUGCUGGAUUUUUUUCUGUGAUGAUUCAAAGCUACAGGUGCCUUACAUUGGAAGGUGAUGCACUUUUUUCCGAUUUCCCCAUGAACUCUGACUGCCACUAUUAUAGAUUCACUGAUUAAAGGCAAAGUAGUUUUAUAGAACACACGUGACAGCCACAAAAAUAUUUUCCUUUUGAUAAUGGAAUGAAAAUGGUAUGUUACACAAAUAUAUUUAAUAUCUUGCCUAAUUUACUGACUUUGUACAAAAAAAUUAUCUAGUUUCAUUAGCUUAUUGUUUCAGUGUUGAAGAUGAUGGCAAAUCCUAAACUUCAACAAAAACUUUGUACAAAUUUUGCCUGCAAUAUAUAGCAUAAAGCAUUAUAAUUUGGGGGUUUUUUGCACUUAAAUGUUUUUUUGUUGUCCAAGAUUGUUUUUCUGUGUGUGACACUGAUAGAAAGUGGAGAAACAUAGAAUACUUGUUGUGUUUGUGUGUGCUAGCACCUUGAAUGGUAAGAUUAAUAGAUCAGUUAUAAAGGACAGAAUGAAAAAAUGUAAGAAUCUUGUUUACCCUAGGCCCGACCAGAUUUCUGUUGAACCGAAUAGUGGUUACAACAUAUGGUAACACAUUGUUUUUGGAAAAUAUGAACAGGUAUACAAUUAGUCUUUGAAUAACUUUUGCAAAUUGGAAUCAGAAUUUAAAUCUGGAAAUAAGAUCACUUGAAAUUAACAGCUAACUUCAUGUGGUUUCCCUUUCUCCUAACUUUAUAUUCCUCAGUUCCGUCCCAACAUGUAAGUGCACAUUGUUGCCGUACUUUUGUGCACAGCUAUCUUACAUGGCUGAUCAAUUCAAUUCAAUAUUUACUUCCACUAUAACGCUUGCUUUGUAUGUGUUAUUCAGUUGUAAAGCUAUAAUUCUCUGUAUCCUUGGUUUUAAUGUGUCACUAUUAUCAAUAAACAAAGGAGUUGUGAGCCAUUUGUGUUCUUUGCAUCUGUCUGAAAGUGUACAUUGGAGAAUUAGAGGUAGAGAUAUUUCUGAAUGAAAGGUUAGAAAUCUUUGGUAAAUGCAGUAAUAUUCUGAUCUAGAAAUGUAGACUUAGUGGAAAUAAUGAAUAUUGACAGAAAGCCAAGAGAUGACAAGGGUAUCAGUGCUGCCAGCACCAGAAAGAGCAUGCAGAUAUUAUUUUGAUUUGCUUGAUUUAAAGAAGUAAAGGUAGAAAAUGAAUUUAAACAAUCUUUCAUUAUCUCAGGCUAUAUUGCUUCACUAUGUGCAAUAGUUAGAAAUAAAGAAUGUAUAAUAGGAGAAAUCUAUUAAAUUACACAGAGCAAGCUUCAACAAAUUAGGGUGCCACGGUAGCAUAGCAGUUAGUGUGAUGCUAUUACAAAUCAGGGCGUCAGAAGUCAAUUCCAGCACCGUCUGUAAGGAGUUUGUACGGUGAUUGUGUGGAUUUCAUCCAGGUGCUCCAGUUUCCUCCCAUAGUCCAAAGAAGUACCAGUUAGUAGUUACUGUAAAUUGCCCUGUGAUUAGACUAGGGUUAAGUAAGUGGUGCGGCCUGCUAAGGUGGAAGGGUCUGGUCUGCACUGUAUCUAUAGAUUCAUUGUGAUAAGUAUCGGAAUAGCCUGUUUCUGUUGCUGUUUGUUGAAGAAUAAAUAUUUAUGAACAAACAACAUAGAAGUAAUCAGCUACUCACCUUCAUAUAAUGCCAUGGGAUAUUUUAUCUGAGGGGGAAGGUUGGGCCUAGAUUUAACACAUCAAGUUGUAUUCUAGAUUAUGUUUUCACAUCUGUUGUUGAUCAUCAGAUUUUCAGUAGAUUUUGCCUACAUCUAAUUUUUUCUUCCUUCCUCUCAUUUCUCCUGAAGACAGUGGCCCCUCUCGGUUUAGUUCAGUUACAGUGCUAUCUGUUGGUCAUCUUUCACAUGUAAGAGCUGAGAAAGCAAGUUAUAUUACAAUAAAAGUGCUAGAACUGAGCAAAAUACAAUCAAAUGGAAAGCUGAAAUGGAGCAGACAGCCUCUGUGAACAGAGGGACAGUGAUAUUUUCUUUUCCCAGCAUUUUCUGCAUUAAUGUUCUGCUUGCAGUAUAAAACUAUUCUAAUUUCAUUUUCAGAUCCCCAUUUGGCAUACACAGAUUAGAAUCAGAGUCAGGUUUAAUAUGACUGCCAUCAGUAGAGGAAAGGGUGGGCAGUUUCAAGUUCCUGAAACUAAUUCUAACACCUCCAUUGCUCCCACUUCUAUUCACCAGUGUAAAGUCAAUACAAUGCAAGCCUUUUGAUCAAAAAUUUAACCUAGUCAGUUCCGAACCUAUUAACACAGCUGCACAACUGUAACAUUUUACAAAUCAUUGAUUGUUUUCACAUCAAGGCUUACAUCUCUGGUGUACCACAUGUGGGCUGUGGGACAGAUCCAGCUCAUAGGAUAGAUCCAUCUGGCCUUUCUGCACUCUAGCUGCCCCACAAUCCCAUGAGGUCAGCUUUAGUCUUAUAACGCAACUCAUGCUCAAUGUGCCAGCUGCCCCACCACGUUACAUGACCUAAGCCAGGAGAUUUUCUCCCCUGUGAGACUUGCUGCUGUCUACUAGGUCCUAAUGCCCAUGGAGUUAACUUACUAAUCCCAAUUGGUUGAAGAAUGGGUUUUGUAUAAGAUGCUAUCUGAAGUAGACUGCACUACUGUGAAACAAUAAUGCACAACAUAACACCUGUCUCAGGAUCUCCCAGGGUCUGAUUUUUGAUUGGACCAUUCAAAUAAUCUUUACACUUCAUCUAUGCAAAAAAGAGUCAUGUCCUUCUAAAGUGAUUUUCAGUAAUGUUGAUGACAUUUGUAAGGUAGAAAGGAACUUUGGAAUGUGACAGGUGGAACAGCAAUGCAUUAGUGAGGGAAACAGUGCAUUUGUGUCUUUAAGCUUGACUUAAGAUAUCAGAAUUUAGUUGUGUCUGAUUAAAUUAAACAGUUUUUGUGAGGAUGUUUGGAAGAGGCUUAGAAUGCAAAUCAGGCUCCCUCCUAUAAAAAGGCUGUGCACCACUGAUGUACAUGAUUAGUUUUUCUUUAACAUAACUGCACUUUUCAUAUGUGUUCAUUUUUUCUGAUUAAUGUGUUACCACAUGAAUAGGACAAGUAUCCCAUGUAAUAAAGAUGACAGUGUUUAAUUCUGUAAUGCUGCUGUCAUCUUUUGACAGGAUGUGCUUCACAGUUCGGUAUUGUUGCAAAGUUUAAUAAGGUAUAAGGAACUGAGAGUCAAUUCAUAGAGUUUUUUUAAACUAUGUUUCUGUUCUUAAUCUUCAAGGUAUCAGAUCGUUUUCUAUAUGGAUUUCCAUUACAGUAUUUGCAUCGCCUUCUUGGUUUCUAUCUGUUUUCAGAAAUAUUUUAACUUAGUUACAAAGAAAAAUCGAGGCACCAGCAUUUGUUGAUUUGUAAGCAGUUUUGGCAUCUUUCUUACAUAGGCUCAAUAGAUAAUGGUCCCAGUUUUAACCUCAUGAUGACAUAAUGAUUGAAUAUCAACAUAUGACACUGUUAUCUGUGGAAACAUUUGAUUUCAUUUCUAACGUGAGUUCACAACUUUUUUGCAGUUACAGAGAAAAUGGUUCAAAAAAUCAUAUGGCUUUGGGAAAAAUACUUUGAUACAAGUUUGUAUGGUCAUGUGUGUUUACCAUCCUUCAUUUGUUCAGGCAGAACAAUAAUUUACAUGCAGCUUUUUAGCAGCUUAACAUCUCAGUUGACAUGCAUAUACCCACAACUUUGCUUGUUGUUGCCAAAAAUCAAGGUUAAAAUGCUGCCCAUUAUCUGAAUGUAUUGCUUUUUAUAGGAGCUAAGAAAGAUGCUUUGUUUCAAUUAACUUGUUUGUAUUUGUUAAUUAGGAAAGAACAAAAUAUAUGGAUAUUCCCUUUACCAAGAGCAUAAUGUACCAAUAUUUCAGAUAUCUAUUGCUUAGCUAAACCUGACGUUUUAUAAAAUCAUUUUUAUACAGUGCAGUAAUUAAAAGUAACCAAGCUAAUGUCAGGAUGAAAAUUGCUCAAAGUAUUUUGAUAAAUUAAAAAUUGACUCUCAUCUGGAAUGAAAACAAGUAACUGAAAAUGAAAUGCAAAUGUCUCUCAAGGGAAUAUUAGAUAAAAGUUCUUUCUCUCAUCACUUUUUAUGUUGUUUUAUGUUAAUUUUUAAAACAAUCAGAAAUUAUGUUCCCUAUACUUUUUGUAAAGAAAUUAACUUUGUUGAUUCUGGUUCUUAAUAAAUACAUAUUGUACAGUUUCAAGGUAGACUGCUUCACUAUGUAUACUGGGUUCUUAAGAAAAAUAAUGCAGUUUUGUUCCUGUUGUAAACAGUUGCAUAAUUGUAACAUUCCUUUGUUCUGUGACCAAAUGCUUCCCAUGUUGCUCACAUGAUCAGGCAUAUAAAGUCUUUUUUAAGACCUA